AUGAAAAGUCGAGCAGACACCCCCGCACUAGAAGACUCAAUUGACAUCUUAAAGGCCAUCCGAUCGAAAAAACUCGAGAGCUACAAGAAGGACAACGACUUUUCAAACAUGGACAACGACGAAAAGAUCAAAUACAUCAAAAGCGUCAUUCAAAUAUCCACCGAAGACCCUUCGGCUGCGGAGAAGAGGAAGUUAGAAGGUAAAAAUGGGAAUCGACGAUCAUUACAAAGUGAAGACGGUGACACGGAUACGGUCAUCCAAUCGAUCUCGUCGGCAAUGUACUUUGAAAACUCUCCGCCUUAUAUCAAAUGUGGGAAGAUGAAACCAUUCCAAAUCGACGCACUUAAUUGGUUGAUUCGAAGACAUCACCUUGGUGUCAAUUCAAUACUUGCAGACGAAAUGGGGUUGGGGAAAACGCUUGAAACGAUCAGUUUGUUGGGCUAUUUAUAUCACGUCCAAGACGUCCAUGGACCACAUCUAGUCGUCUCCCCCAAAUCGACGAUAGACAAUUGGAGGAAAGAAGUGCAGAAGUGGUUACCUUCCAUUUCAGUUGGAUUGAUGGGUGGGACCAAAGAGUCGCGAGAUGAGUGUAAGAAAGAGUGUUUCACGGGGAACAAACUCACUGUCGAUGUUUUAGUGUGUAGUUACCAAGUUGUUUUAAAGGAGAAGAACUUGUUGCGGAAGCAGAAGUUUGUGUAUUUAAUUCUCGACGAAGCGCACAGUGCGAAGAAUGAGCAGACACAGUUCUACGAUGGGCUGAGUGAAAUUCGAGCUGCUCACAAACUGUUUCUGACGGGGACACCACUGCAAAAUACACUUCACGAACUGUGGGCACUCUUACAAUUCUUGUUGCCUGGGAUAUUUAGAAUAUCACAAUUAGAUGGGAUCUUUGACUCUAUUGAGUCCGAGAAAUUUGAACGGUACAUUGGGUCGAUUCGAGACUUCAUUAAACCUUUCAUGCUCCGAAGACUGAAGAGCGAUGUCCAAAAGGAGUUGCCACCGAAAAAGGAAAUUAAGCUGUUUGUGCCACUCACUGAGUUUCAACGGAUAUGGUAUAAAAAAGUGCUUAUGGGCGAUAUCACGACCAUCAUUGGAGAACGAGUCAUUAAGACGAAAUUGAAUAACACGAUGAUGCAACUGAGAAAGGUGUGUGACCACCCCUAUUUGAUGCCAGGUGCUGAGCCGGAGCCCUAUGAAAAUGGCGAUCACAUUUGUAACAGCAGUGCGAAGAUGAUAGUGAUGAUGAAAUUACUCGACAAGCAUAUUAAAAACAAGGGGAAAGUCUUAGUCUUUUCGCAGAUGACGAGAAUGCUUGAUAUCAUCGACGACUAUUUGUAUUUCAAGGAGAUAGAGCAUUACCGCAUUGACGGGCAAACGCAACAAGACCUCCGCGUCGAACAAAUUGACGAUUUUAAUAACCCGGACGGGAAGGUGAAUGUCUUUUUGUUGAGUACGCGCAGUGGCGGGUUGGGGAUUAAUUUACAAAGUGCGGACACGGUGAUUUUAUAUGACAGCGACUGGAACCCACAGAGUGAUAUCCAGGCGAUGGACAGAGCGCACCGAAUUGGACAGACGAAACCGGUCACUGUGUAUCGACUCAUUGCGGAGAAAACGGCGGAGGAGAGGCUUAUACGAGUCGCUGAGAGGAAAUUGAUGUUGAACCAACUGGUCAUGCAAAGUGGGAAAACUGCUCGCGAGACGACGAUGGGGAAAGAGGAGUUUCAGCAGAUCAUGCAACAAGAGUUAAACAGUUGUUUAAAGGACGACCAAGUAGUGCAAAAAGUUGAGAACAUGGGGAUCGACGAUAUCAUCAAACUUGGGGAGGAGAAGACGAAUGUGUUGAAGGAAGAAAUUGCGAAGGAGACGGAGACGGCAAGGAAGGGGAUGGUCAACUUGACGAAUUUUGCGUUUGGGAAUGACCAAAUCAAUAUCAGAGAGUUUGAAGGGAAGGUGUUUGGAGCGGGAGAGGAGAUGGCUGAUAUGGAGAGAUAUAAAGCGAAUAUGAAAAUCAUGAGGAGCGAAACACUGCGACCCCCGCGGAGUGUGCGAUUUCGAGACUUUCAGUUUGCUGAUGACGAGUUAAAGGGGAUACUCCAGAAAGAAGAGGAGAAGUACCAAAAGCUGAGUCAGACGUUUAAAGAAGAUUUGAUGUUGGGGAUAUUGAAAGGGGAAGACAUAGCGAAAAUAGUGAGACCAAUGUAUUUAACUCCGGAAGAAGAGAAGAGGAAGGACGAGUUAGUCAAAAGUUCCUUUUUGAGUUGGGACGAGAACGACUUUAAGAAGUGGAAGAUGGGGAUGAAGAAAUAUGGUCGAGAGAAGGUCGAUGAGCUAUCCGUAUAUAUGAAUAAGCCAGUGAACGAGGUGCAGAGGUAUAACGACCUGUUUGAAAAGAGAUAUAAAGAGGUGGAAGAUGGAGAGAAGUUGUACAUCUCGUUAUACAAGAGUGAAAACAAACGAAAGGCUAAAGAGGCGGAGAUGAUUGAAUUGAAUAAAGCAAUUCAAGCCAAACCGGACGUCUUAAGUGUGUUAACGCCAUAUGUAGUGAUUGGAAAGAGUAUGACAGACCCAUUGGUGGACUCCAUGUUGUUAAGGAGGUAUGCGGAGAUAGGAGAGGAUUGGGACAAAAUACUGGAAGAUGUGAAGAACUGCCCGCUCUUUGUAUUUGAUAUUUAUUUGCAUGGAUAUACCACGAAAACAGUGAAGGAGAAGAUCCGAAAUUUAAUUCGAAACGCAGAGAAGAGUCGCGAGAAAAUCGAAAAGAAUGAAAAGGAGCGAUGCGGCGAGAUCAAAAUUGAUUCAAUGGAAGAGUUCAUGGGAGGGGGGAAGAAAGAAAGAAAGGAUAAGUGA